AAGAGUUAAUGAGUAUUGUAAAACCGCCUGUUUCUCUUAAUUGUCCAAAGGCCAGUUGAUCCUGAAGUAUAUAAAAUACCAUUGCAUGAAGAUGCAAAGCACAGCUGAGACUGCCAGUAAGCAAACAGCAGACAGGAAACAAGCGCUCUGUCUGCUAGGGAAGAUGUCAAAAAUUGUUUUUACCUUCAUUCGUCUUGCUGUCCUCUUACUUGGCUUCUCUAUUAUUUGUCUGGGAGUUCUCUGCAUUUCCACAACAUCCUCCACAUGCAGAUUUGGAAAUAACGAGCUGGUAUUUUAUUGUCUGUUAGCUUUGGGGUUCUUUCUCCUUGUGACUGGCAUUUUCUGGAGCACGUUUCAUGAAGUCUUGAAAUACAAGGGCCUCAGCAGGCUCUUCAUUCAAAAUCUCAGCCAUAGAGAGCUAUGUCUCAGCACCAUAGACAGGCCUGACUUCUAUCCCCCAUCGUAUGAAGACAGCACAGAUCCUGAAAAACAGACCUUCCCGCUGUCGGUUGCCUCCACACCAAAACAGCAAGAAGUCAUCAAUAUUCCUCCACCUCUAUAUAGUGAAAGCAGCACAGAGUUCAUCAGCAAAACUAAUGAUCAGGAACAGCCACCACCAUAUGAAUUAUCUGUGUGGCAGCUACAGCAACAGCAAACAGCUGUACAAGACUCAAACCCCAGAGAGGAGUCAAAUUCUCAUCCAUCCACACAAGAAUACAGCUACGAACAGGAUCCAGACUGCCAGGGGACCUCAGAAAGACCAGCACCUGUCAGAACAUCUGAGACAGGCAGUGGGUAAAAUCAUAUAUCUGUGAAGUAGGGAAAAUUGGAAGAAGAUGAAUGUCAGUGAUCCCUAAUAGUACACAACUUAGGGGGAAACUGCCCAAUAGAAGCAGUUGACCACUUCUGUAUUCCAGUGGAGUUGGAGGGAAUACAGGUGAUCAGCAUUCCGAAGCACAAUGAUUCUCCGUAGCAACAGAAGCAGUCAGGCUGUAUCUUCUAAAAGUCAACAUCUGGUAAAAGGAGUUUCUUGUGCUGCAAGGCAAAUGAAGCAUCAUGCCGUUAUCACUCUUAAAUGUCUUGUGCUUCAUAAGGAGUUUUGUCUGAAAGUCCUUAUUUGUGGUUUUGUAAUGUUAGCUGAUUUAGGAAAACUAUUAACUCAGCUUCUUUGGAAUUUGUAAAUUAUUUGUUGGGAUUGAUUAUUUCUGUAUUGCAUGCCUUUCAAGUGGCUUGUUCUACUUUGGGAUACUAAGAGCUGGUGUUUUACUACUGAAUUAAUGAAUAAAUUUUGUAUUUAAAAUAAAUGCCAUAUAUCUG